ACAUACAUAGCCAAACACACGAAGGCUCGAACGUAUAGAAAACAUGUCGAGGCCUCUGCUUGCAAUGGCCGCGGCGGCGAUCGUCGUCGCCUGCUGUUUCGCGGCGUGUCCGGUGGGCGCGGGCGCGAGCGCUGGUGGCUUCUACGACAACUUCGUGGUGAAGUGGGGCACGGACCCAGACCCUGACCGGCGGGUCGAGAUCGUCGACGGCGGCCGGCUCGUGACGAUCACCCUCAACAACGUCUCCGGCGCCGGGUUCCAGUCCCGGGACGCCUUCCUCUUCGGCGAGUUCACCAUGGAGAUGAAGCUCGUGCCCGGCGACUCCGCCGGCACGGUCACCACCUUCUACCUGACAUCGAAGGACCCGACGGCGGUGGGGGACGGGCACGACGAGAUCGACUUCGAGUUCCUGGGCAACGUCAGCGGGGAGCCGUACCUGAUGCAGACCAACGUGUUCGCGCAGGGCGUCGGGGGCAGGGAGCAGCGGUCCUACCUCUGGUUCGACCCGACAGAGGACUUCCACAACUACACAAUCCUGUGGAACCCUCUGAACAUCAUCUUCUCUGUGGACGGUGUGCCAGUGCGCGUGUUCCGGAACCACGACGCGAAUGGCGUGCCGUACCUGACCAGGCAGGCGAUGAAGGUGCACGCGACCAUCUGGGACGGCGACACCUGGGCCACGCGCGGCGGCCGGGUCAAGAUCGACUGGGCGCACGCGCCCUUCGUCGCCUCCUACGGGACCUACGCCGCCAGCGCCUGCGUCUCCGCGGCCGGCAACGGCGAUCAGGACGGAGCGCCGUCGGCCUUCUGCUGCCCGGGCGACGCCCCGUCGUGGAUGGCCCGGCGGCUGGGGCCGGACGGCGAGCGCGCGGUGGCGUGGGCGCGCGACAAGUACAUGGUGAUGGACUACUGCGACGACCCCUGGAACCUCGGCCGCCCCGCCGAGUGCGACAUGGACAGCCUCGCCUCAGCCGUGUGAUAGUUUGGUUCCGUCGGCCAUACUCACCACAUACGUGUCGUCGUGUGCCAGACAGACAGGCGUACGGUGUUUGUGUUGGUGCUUCUAGCGUCUAGCCUAGCCUGCUAGGUCGUCUCACUCAGAUGUGACGUGUGAUUUUUUGUCACAAAGGACCAUACAUGCUGUUGUAUUGACAGAAAAAACCACCUUCAAACUGUAUUAACAAAAAAGACCAUGUACACCGUGGCGGCAGGUCCGGCAGCCGACACGUGGCACCUGCCGCCACGGCCAGCGGCGGCCAGACCUGCCGCCACAACCUCAGGCGGCAGCUCAGCUGCAACAGGUUUUCGGCCCAUGCAACUACUGGCGACGGAACGGGAAGAGGUGGCGGGUCCCGCCGCCUAUCCCUAUGGCGGUAGCUCCUUUUUCUGCUGUAGUACAGUGGCGCUAAUUCCUACUUUUCUAUUCAAGUUUUGACAUGUUUUAUUAUUUAUCAAGCCAUAUGCUACAACAGAAACAAAUACAGUAAAUACUAGUAUGUGUGUGGA